AUGUCUCAGGAUCAACACAUGGAUGACGAUCCAUAUAUGUACGAUGAUGAUUCCCUGAAGAUCACUCCAUAUGAUUGUUGGACCGUUAUUUCAGCAUUUUUCCAAGAGAAGGGUUUGGUAUCUCAACAACUUGAUUCAUUUGAUGAAUUCAUUGAAACAACUAUUCAAGAAUUAGUAUGGGAAGAUUCUCAUUUGAUUUUGGAUCAACCAGCACAACAUACAUCUGAAUCUGAUCACGAAAAUAGACGUUAUGAAAUUACAUUUGGAAAAAUUUAUAUUUCCAAACCAACUCAAACUGAAGGUGAUGGUACAACUCAUCCGAUGUUCCCGCAAGAAGCUAGACUUCGUAAUUUGACUUAUUCUUCGCCAUUAUAUGUUGAUAUGACCAAAAGAGUGUUCAAAUCUGAUGAUAAUAAACGAUCAGAAAAGAAUGAAUUGGAAUGGAUUGAAGAAAAAGUUGAAGAUGAAGAUCCUCAAACUAAAGUAUUUUUAGGAAAAGUUCCUAUUAUGUUAAGAUCUAAGUUCUGUAUGUUGAGAGAUUUAGGAGAACAUGAUUUCUAUGAAUUAAAAGAAUGUCCUUAUGAUAUGGGAGGUUAUUUUGUCAUUAAUGGGUCAGAAAAGGUUUUGAUUGCCCAAGAAAGAAGUGCAGCUAAUAUUGUUCAAGUAUUCAAAAAGGCAGCUCCAUCUCCUAUUUCUCACGUUGCUGAAAUUAGAUCAGCAAUUGAAAAAGGUUCAAGAUUGAUUUCUUCAAUGCAAAUUAAAUUAUACGGGAGAGACGAAAAAGGUGUUUCGGGAAGAACGAUUAAAGCAACAUUACCAUAUAUUAAAGAAGACAUUCCAAUUGUUAUAGUAUUCAGAGCUUUGGGUGUUGUUCCAGAUGGUGAUAUCUUGGAACAUAUCUGUUAUGACGCCAAUGAUUGGCAAAUGUUGGAAAUGUUAAAGCCAUGUGUGGAAGAAGGAUUCGUCAUUCAAGAACGUGAAGUUGCUCUUGAUUUCAUUGGAAGAAGAGGUGUUUUGGGUAUUAGAAGAGAAAAGCGUAUUCAAUAUGCCAAAGAUAUUCUUCAAAAGGAAUUAUUACCAAAUAUUACACAAGAAGAAGGAUUUGAAACUAGAAAGGCUUUCUUUUUGGGUUACAUGGUAAAUAGAUUAUUAUUAUGUGCAUUAGAAAGAAAAGAGCCUGAUGAUAGAGAUCAUUUUGGUAAAAAGAGAUUGGAUUUAGCUGGUCCUUUAUUAGCCAAUUUAUUCCGUAUUUUAUUCAAAAAAUUAACCAAAGAUAUUUAUAAUUAUAUGCAAAGAUGUGUUGAAAAUGAUAAAGAAUUUAAUUUAACCUUGGCUGUCAAAUCACAAACUAUUACUGAUGGUUUAAGAUAUUCAUUAGCCACUGGUAACUGGGGAGAACAGAAGAAGGCUAUGAGUUCAAGAGCUGGUGUCUCUCAAGUUUUGAAUCGUUAUACAUACUCUUCUACAUUAUCACAUUUAAGAAGAACUAAUACACCUAUUGGUAGAGAUGGUAAGAUUGCCAAACCAAGACAGUUACAUAAUACCCAUUGGGGUUUGGUUUGUCCUGCAGAAACUCCAGAAGGACAAGCGUGUGGUUUGGUUAAGAAUUUAUCUUUAAUGACAUGUAUUUCCGUUGGUACUCCUUCGGAACCAAUUUUAUAUUUCUUGGAAGAAUGGGGUAUGGAACCUUUGGAAGAUUACGUACCUUCUAACUCCCCAGAUUCAACUAGAGUGUUUGUUAAUGGUGUUUGGGUAGGUACCCAUAGAGAUCCAUCCAAUUUAGUUGAUACCAUGCGUAGUCUUAGAAGAAGAGGUGAUAUUUCUCCUGAAGUUUCUAUUAUUAGAGAUAUCAGAGAAAAGGAAUUCAAGAUCUUUACUGAUGCAGGUCGUGUUUACAGACCACUUUUUGUUGUGGAUGAUGACGUUGAAUCUGAAACUAAAGGAGAUUUGAAAUUACAAAGGGAACAUAUUGAUAAAAUAACCAAUUCAGAGUACGACGAAUUCAACGAUGAUGAUACACCAGCAUACACUUGGUCCUCCUUAGUGAGUGAUGGUAUUGUUGAAUAUGUCGAUGCCGAAGAAGAAGAAACCAUUAUGAUUGCCAUGACCCCUGAAGAUUUGGAAGCAUCAAAGAGCACAUUAUCCGAAACACAGCAAAAGGCAUUACAACUUAAAGAACAAGAAUUAGAUCUAGCCGCGAGAAUCAAGCCAAUAUUCAGUAGUUCUACUCAUACAUUCACUCAUUGUGAAAUCCACCCUUCGAUGAUUUUAGGGGUUGCUGCAUCUAUUAUUCCUUUCCCAGAUCACAAUCAAUCUCCUCGUAAUACCUAUCAAUCUGCGAUGGGUAAGCAAGCUAUGGGUGUUUUCUUGACGAAUUAUUCCGUCAGAAUGGAUACCAUGGCCAACAUCUUGUAUUAUCCUCAAAAACCUUUGGCAACUACUAGAUCGAUGGAAUAUUUGAAGUUCCGUGAACUUCCUGCUGGUCAAAAUGCCGUUGUUGCCAUUGCUUGUUAUUCAGGUUAUAACCAAGAAGAUUCUAUGAUUAUGAAUCAAUCAUCCAUUGAUAGAGGUUUGUUCAGAUCGUUAUUCUUUAGAUCUUAUAUGGAUUUAGAAAAGAGACAAGGUAUGAAGGCUUUGGAAACGUUUGAAAAGCCAUCAAGAUCAGACACAUUAAGAUUGAAGCAUGGUACAUAUGAAAAAUUAGAUGAUGAUGGUUUAAUUGCUCCUGGUGUUAGAGUUAGUGGUGAAGAUAUCAUUAUAGGUAAAACUACUCCAAUACCUCCAGAUGCCGAAGAGUUGGGUCAAAGAACACAAUAUCACACCAAACGUGAUGCAUCUACUCCUUUAAGAAGUACAGAAUCAGGUAUCGUUGAUCAAGUCUUGUUGACUACCAAUGGUGAUGGUGCGAAAUUCGUUAAAGUCAGAAUGAGAACUACCAAGGUUCCUCAAAUUGGUGAUAAGUUUGCCUCUAGACAUGGUCAAAAGGGUACUAUUGGGGUUACAUAUAGACAUGAAGAUAUGCCCUUCUCAGCUGAAGGUGUCGUACCUGAUUUGAUUAUUAACCCACAUGCCAUUCCAUCUCGUAUGACGGUUGCGCAUUUAAUUGAAUGUUUGUUAUCUAAAGUUUCAGCAUUGUCUGGUCUUGAAGGUGAUGCAUCACCAUUUACUGAUGUUACCGCAGAAGCUAUUUCCAAAUUAUUGAGAGAACAUGGUUAUCAAUCAAGAGGGUUUGAAGUCAUGUACAAUGGUCACACUGGUAAGAAGUUAAUGGCACAAGUUUUCUUUGGACCUACCUAUUAUCAAAGAUUAAGACAUAUGGUAGAUGACAAGAUUCAUGCUAGAGCUAGAGGUCCUGUUCAAGUUUUGACUAGACAACCAGUUGAAGGUAGAUCUAGAGAUGGUGGUUUACGUUUCGGAGAAAUGGAAAGAGAUUGUAUGAUUGCUCAUGGUGCUGCAGGUUUCUUAAAGGAAAGAUUAAUGGAAGCCUCAGACGCAUUUAGAGUUCACAUCUGUGGUAUGUGUGGUUUAAUGUCUGUUAUUGCCAAUUUAAAGAAAAAUCAAUUCGAAUGUCGUUCAUGUAAGAAUAAAACCAACAUUUAUCAAAUUCAUAUUCCAUAUGCUGCCAAAUUGUUAUUCCAAGAAUUGAUGGCAAUGAAUAUUUCUCCAAGAAUGUAUACAGAAAGAUCGGGAGUUAGUAUUCGUGUCUGA